AUGAUCUGCAAUGCACAUCUUGGUGACAGCAAGAGGUGCCUGGGAUCACUGCCCGCGUCCUCUCAACUGCUGCUGCUGAAGGUGCUUGAUCUAGAAGGCUGCAAAGGCUUGGAGAAGCGCCAUCUGAACAACAUCUGCAAGUUGUUCAUGCUCAAGUACUUGAGCCUCAGGAACACUGAUGUUUCUGUGCUGCCCAGGCAAAUCCAUAGGCUGCAGCAGCUAGAGACGCUGGACAUUCGGCAAACCAAGAUACAAGCCUUCCCCACAGAUUUUGCCAAGCUCCUGAUGCUCAAGCAUCUGCUCGCAGGCCAUGCAGACUUCUCCCCGGUCAAGGACACCAUCAACUCCAAGGAAUCAUUUUCCACGCCGCGGAUGCCCCAUGGAAUCGGGGCCAUGAGGGGGAACCUGGAGAUACUGUCACACGUACAGGUCUCCGGGAGUGGCAGUGAGUCGAUGCUCAUGGAUGUUGGGCAGCUAGUCAAGGUACGGAAGCUAGGAGUUGUUCUCCAUGGCAAGAAGGUUGCCAGCUCCUUCAAGCAUCUCCUCCAAGCAAUCAGCAAGCUGCACAAAUGCCUUCGUUCUUUGUCAAUCCGAAUUGGACAUCCUGUCGAUGAGACCGAUCCUCUUACAUUCCGCAUGGAUCAAGAGAAUCCAUUUUCACCUCCCGAGUUUCUCCAGAGCCUGUACAUCGGCGGCCUCACAGGCGUUGGGCUGCCUCCAUGGAUCACAGAGCUCCACCAAUUUGCCAAGAUUACCUUGCGCGACACCUCCCUCAAGGAUCAUGCCAUACGACUCCUUGGCAAACUCGGUGGCUUGCGCUGCCUUAGGCUCCGACAGAUGUCCUACGGCGAAAUGAAGAUCACUUUUGGGAAAGAAGAAUUCCCAAGCCUCAAGUUUCUCGCCAUUGAGUGUUCCGACAUCACCAACAUAAUCUUCGAGAGUGGAACGGCACCUAGGCUUGAGAAGCUAGCUUGGGCUUUCAAGAGCAUGCAGUUCAUCUCCGGAAUCGGCAAUCUCCCAAGGCUGAAAGAGCUCGAGCUCAGCGGCAGCUGCAACCCAGACCCCGUGAAGCAGGCCGUCGCAGCACACCUGAAUCAUCCCGUCUUCAAGCACAAUGCCUGA